AGACUGCAGAAUUGUUUCUCUGGGGUUGUCUGCUGGUUGCUGAUAUGGAAGGUGCAGUAGUUUUAAGGGUCCUUAUACUCUGUGCCACAGUAUGGAAUGGCUGUUGCUUUCCAGCUAAAGGAUCCACUGGUCAACAGCCUGCAUCAGGAGGUCCUGGUCCUGUUUUUGGUCCUGGUCCUGUUUUUGAUCCACGUUACAUUACCUAUUUGCAGCAAUACUACCACUCACUUGCACCAGCGACCUCUGCAGGUGUUCAGCAGUCAGCUCCAGCGCCACCUCAGGCCCCUGUGCAGUCCAGCCAAAACGCCCCUCAGAUGACCUCCCCCAUUAUAGCUAAGGGAUCCAUGCCUCAAACUAGUUCUGGAUUCCAAGAACAGGUUGCCAACCCACAGACAGCUAAAGGCCAGUUGGAAUCCUCUGCACCUGCGUAUGGAGCACCCCAAACAAGCCCAGUAGAGUCUCUACCUGCUGCGUUUGCCGAGGCUGAGCCAAAUGUGGCUGACAUGCUGGAGAGUCCUGAGGUCCUUGUGCUUGGAGAACCCAGAUUGGAUGAUAGUCCACCAUUUCCUCCACCAGCACCCCAGUAUGUACCUGGAACAGCGAUCCGCAACAUGAAUACAAAUGAAUUUGGCCUUGAUCUGCACGAGUCCUAUGAUGUGCUGCAGAAUCCUGCUCCUGUCCCCCUGGCUUCUGAGACGGUUGUCCCUGCAGCCACGUCUCCUGUGAUUGGACCCAGAGAAGACCUUGAGCUAGAUGACCAGUUCUUCCACAUGUUCAUCACUGGCCAACUUCCCCCUGGUACUGUAACUCACACUAGUUCCACCUUCGAGCGUGGGAGGAAUGGCUGGGCAAAUAUUGGUUACGAGAGGAUUGCCCCACCAGCAAGAAGGACCUCAGAUGCAUCAAGCAAAUCGCAGCCUGCUCCUAAGAUGUCUGGGGUAAAAAAGUACUAGAUUUUCAGAUCUCCCAGCUUUUUAAUUGACUCAAUAAAAUGAUGGUAUCUAA